GGUCCCAGCAUUCUUUCUUAAAUAGUUUUUGAGUCAUUAAUUCCACAAGGGCUUCACUGUGUUGUUUUUCUUGGCAGGAUCAAGCAAAGACCAACUGGUGGCUUGAGAGCAUGGGAUCCUGAAACAGCUUACCUCACCAGAUGUGAUUUUAACAACAACUCAAGACCAUUUUGUGACUGGACCCAGCCUUGCAGUCCCAACCAGGGAUUGUGGAUACGAACCAAGCAUGAUACUCCGACUGAUGGAACGGGUCCUGAUGGAGACUAUCCUGACGGAAAAGGCUAUUUCAUCUACCAAGAAGCAAGUAAUCUGAUCCCAUUUGACACUAACAGACUUGAGAGCCCAGAUAUUAUAGUGUCUGAAAAAAUAUGCAUAGAUUUCUGGUACUAUAUGUUUGGGUCAGAAGAAAUGAAUGAGCUGAGAGUGCUUAUCCAAGACAGCAUGGGGGAGUCUGCAGUGUGGAGUCGAAAAGGAAGCCAGAAUUCCUUGUGGAACUAUGGUGCCAUCACUCAUAGUUUUCUAACAGAGAGAAAGAUAAAGGUAAUUUUUGAGGCUGUCCGAGGACUGACAGAGUAUGGGGAUACGGCACUGGACAAUGUGAGAGUAAGGGAUGGAUCCUGUGAAGCUGUCCCUACCCCUGUACCACCAACUGCACCAACAGAAUCGACACCAUCUUCAGUGACAGAAGCAAUUUGCAGUAUACAUGGGGAUCCUCACUAUGACACAUUUGACAAGCAGUAUCAUGACUUUAUGGGCACCUGCACCUACACCCUCUCCAAGCUGUGCGAGAGCAACAGUUCGCUGCCCUAUUUCAACAUAGAAGCAGCCAACGAGCACAGGGGAGGCAACACUCGCGUGUCUUACAUCCAAUACGUGGAUGUUGAUGUGUAUGGCUACAGGAUUAAUCUGGGUAAAAACAGAGUUGUUAAGGUUAAUGGAGUCAGCCAGGUGCUCCCUCUCACCUUGGUGCAGGGUGUCAGUAUUUCCCUCAGUGGGCAGUAUGUUGUGGUUACUACUGACUUUGGGCUGAAUGUCAGGUUUGAUGGAAAUCACAGAGCAGAAAUCACUAUUCCCAGUACCUAUAUGUCUAAAGUUUGUGGAAUAUGUGGAAAUUAUAAUGGGCACAAGGCAGAUGACUUCCUUAACCCAGAUGGAGAGAUGGAAACAAGCUCAGCCAGCCUUGGCAACAGUUGGCAAGUUUACAAUGAUUCCAGAUGCCUGCCAGAUGAUGGUCAUACUCCAAGUUGCACUGCUGAUGAAAAACAUGUCAUCCAAAGCAAUGAAUAUUGUGGUCUGAUCACAGAUCCCAGUGGUCCAUUCCAGAAUUGCCACUCAGUAAUUGAUCCACAGAGUUAUUCUAAAGCCUGCCAGUAUGAUCUCUGUGAACUUCAUCUGAACAAUGCAGCCCUCUGCCAAAACCUGCAGGCUUAUGCAGACAUGUGCCAAUCUGCAGGAGUCCAGCUGACACCAUGGAGAAAUGCAACCUUCUGCCCCUUAGCCUGCCCAGCCAACACUCACUACGAGCCGUGUGCUGCAGCCUGCCCUGCUACCUGUGUGGACCCAAUAGCACCAUACAACUGCAACCUGCCAUGCGUGGAGGGCUGUGUGUGCGACAGCGGGUACCUGCUCUACAAUGACCGGUGCGUGCCCAGCCAGCAGUGUGGGUGCUGGCACAACGGGCAGCACUACCCCGUGGGCUCUGAGUUCUGGACAGACAACACCUGCUCGUCAAAGUGCACGUGUCCCGCGCAGGGAAACAAAGUCCAGUGCUUUAACGCCUCGUGCCCUGCGGGCCAGUUCUGUGGAGUGCAGGAUGGGAGACCUGAGUGCCUGGAGCAAUCCUACGGCAUCUGCCAUGUCCACGGUGACCCUCACUACAACACCUUUGACAAGGUGACGCACAACUUCAUGGGCAACUGCACCUACACCCUGGCCAAAGUGUGCUCCAACACCACCUCCCUGCCCUACUUCAACGUUGAGGCCAAGAACGAGCAUCGUGGGAACACCAGAGUGUCCUAUGUGCGCGAAGUCCUGGUUGAGGUGUACGGAGAACGCAUUGCCAUUGUCAAGAACGAGAAGAGCCAAGUGCUGGUGAACAACGUGCGCCAGACCUUGCCGGUGAGUGCAGCGGGAGGUGCCAUCACGGUGAGCAGGAGUGGCCGCUACAUUGUUCUGGAGACAGACUUUGACCUCAGUGUGUCCUACGACACUGACCACUCGGUGGAGGUGAAGGUGCCCACCACCUACUUCAACCUGACCUGUGGCAUGUGUGGGAACUUCAACAGCCGUAGGGAGGACGAUUACAUGAUGCCCAACGGGCAGCAAGCCGCAGACUCCAAUGAGCUGGGGGAGAGCUGGCAGGUCCCAGAGAGUGACUCAUCUUGCGGUGUCCCCGACCCCUCCCCACCCUGCAGUGCAGAAGAGGAGGAGCUGUACCGAUCGGAGCAGUUCUGUGGCAUGCUGACUGCCAGUCCUGGCUCUUUUGAGAAGUGCCACGCUGUGAUCAACCCCCAGAGCUACUUUGAGACCUGCUUCUAUGACCUGUGUGCCCUGAAUGGUGGCCAGGAGGUGCUGUGUGCUGCUCUGGAGGCCUACGCUGACGCCUGCCAAGCAGCCGGUGUGACUCUUCUUCCCUGGCGGAAUGCGACCUUCUGCCCUGUUGCAUGCCCUCCCAAUAGUCAUUACAAUCCAUGCACCAGUGCUUGUCCAGCAACCUGCAUUGACCCUCUUGCAUCAAAGAACUGCAGCAGACCUUGUAUAGAAGGAUGUGAAUGCAGCAAUGGUUUUGUCAUCAGUGGUGGAGAGUGCGUGUCCAUGAGCAACUGUGGCUGCCUUCAGAACGGCAGAUAUUAUGAGAAAGGAGAGGCCUUUUGGCAAACAGACUGUGCAGGCCAAUGCGUAUGCGCUGGAAAUGGCACUGUGGUUUGCAAUUCAGACACUUGUGAAGUAAGCGAAGUUUGCAAGGUGCAGAAUGGUCUCCUGGGAUGUUAUCCAUUGAAUCCCAGCACCUGCCACAUUUUUGGGGAUCCACAUUAUAUAACCUUUGAUGGGAGACUGUACCAUUUCCAAGGAGACUGCAACUAUACUGUCAUUGAGACAUGCACAAAUUCUUCUGAAAGGUUUUCAGUGACAACCAGAAAUGAACACAGAGGAAACCCGAACUGGACAGCCUUGAACUCAGUUGCUGUCACACUGAAAAAUCUUCAUAUUGUUUUGAAGAAAAAUAAAGAAACCUAUGUGAAUGGAGUUCGGGUUUAUCUUCCUGUGGAUUUGAAUCAUGGAGCCAGGAUAGCUAUAAAAGGACAUUAUGUGGUCAUUGAUACAUCUGUAGGGAUACAGGUUAAGUUUGAUGGUGACCAGGAGCUUUUCAUUCUGGCUGACGAAAGCCUCAAAGGACAGCUGUGUGGUCUGUGUGGGACAUUCAAUGACAACCAACUGGAUGAUUUUCUAAAACCAGAUAAAGUCAUAGAACAGGAUCCAAAUAAAUUUGGUGACAGCUGGUUAGUGAAGGAUGACAACAGGACGUGUAGUCCAGUUACAGUUGUAUCACCUACUUGUGACACAGCAAAAGAGAAAGAAUAUGAAGAACUCUGCAAAACUAUUUUGAAAAAUAGUGGGCCUUUUCAGGUCUGCCAUUGGCACAUUCCCCCACAGCUGUACUUUGAGAGCUGUGUCUAUGACAUGUGUGCUACAGAGGGAAAUUCUGAUCAGUUUUGCCAGAUUUUAGAGGCAUAUGCUGCUGCUUGUGAACUUGGAGGUGUAAAUCUGGGUGAAUGGAAGAAAGAUACCAUCUGUGAUUCACCAACAGCCUGCAAUAUGUCCUGCACAUUUGAUGUCGACUUCUGUGAGUGGGAACAGGCAACCAGUGACAACUUUGACUGGACAAGGCACAAGGGACCAACACCCACACCAAAUACUGGCCCUUCCCAUGACCACACAACUGGAGAGGGCUACUAUAUCUACCUGCAAGGAAAUAAACAAGAACCGGGUGAGGUAGCACAGUUGGUCAGUCCAGUGUGCAGUUCAGAAGGACCACACUGCUUCCGCUUCUGGUAUCACAUGUAUGGAGAGGCUGAAGCAAUGGCUCUACGAGUGUAUGUAGUUCACAAUGAAACAUCAACACUGGAAUGGAAAGAGGCUGGAAACAAAGGGGACAGGUGGAACCUGGGAGAGGUCACGGUGCACAUCAAAGGAAACACGCAGAUUGUCCUGGAGGGCAUGAUAGGUGAAGAUUUGCGGAGCGAUAUAGCAUUGGAUGAUUUGUCCAUUGAAAGAGGAUACUGCACAGGAGAUGUAACACCAACAACACCAGGUACCAUUAUCACACCACCUUCAGAAGACAAAACAACAUCAGCACCCAUGCCAGGCUCAGGGACCUGUGUGGUAGAAGGAGACCCUCACUACCACACGUUUGACAAUCAGCUGCACCACUUCAUGGGCACCUGCACCUACACCCUCUCUAAGCUGUGCGAGAGCAACAGUUCUCUGCCCUACUUCAAUGUGGAAGCAGCCAACGAGCACAGGGGAGGCAACAUUCGCGUGUCCUACGUCCAAUAUGUGGAUGUCGAUGUGGCUGGCCAGCGGAUAAGGCUGGGGAAGGGUGGUGCGGUGACGGUCAAUGGAGUGGCAGAGGUCCUGCCUUGCACCCCGUCCCCAGGUGUGCAGGUCUCGUCCAGCGGGUUCUACACUGUGGUCACAACAGACUUUGGCUUGAAAGUGAAGUUUGAUGGGAACCAUAGGGUGGAGGUGACGCUUCCGAGCACCUUUGGGCAGAAGGUGUGUGGCAUGUGUGGGAACUUCAACGGGAUGGCAUCAGAUGACUUCCUGAACCCAGAAGGGGUGCUGGAGCCAGACUCCACCAGCCUGGGCAACAGCUGGCAGGUGUCCAACGACAGCAGCUGCUCAGCCGGACCACUCCCCACCCCAGCCUGCAGCGAGACGGACAAGCAAGUCAUUGCCAGCAGCCACUUCUGUGGGCUCCUCACGGACACCAGCGGCCCGUUCCAGAUGUGCCACUCUGUGCUGAGCCCCAGCAGUUACUUUGACACCUGCACUUAUGACCUGUGCGAGCUGGAGCUGGACCACGAAGCCCUGUGCAAGAGCUUGCAGUCCUACGCGGAUGCCUGCCAGUCGCUUGGUGUCAAGAUACCUGUGUGGAGGAAUGCAACCUUUUGCCCUGUCACCUGUCCAGCCAACAGUCACUACGAGCCGUGUGCUGCAGCCUGCCCUGCCACCUGUGUUGAUCCCAUGGCUCCUGCUAGCUGCAGCCUGCCAUGCGUGGAGGGCUGUGUGUGCGACAGUGGGUACCUGCUCUACAAUGACCGGUGCGUGCCCAGCCAGCAGUGUGGGUGCUGGCACAACGGGCAGCACUACCCCGUGGGCUCUGAGUUCUGGACAGACAACACCUGCUCGUCAAAGUGCACGUGUCCCGCGCGGGGAAACAAAGUCCAGUGCUUUAACGCCUCGUGCCCUGCGGGCCAGUUCUGUGGAGUACAGGAUGGGAGACCUGAGUGCCUGGAGCAAUCCUACGGCAUCUGCCAUGUCCACGGUGACCCUCACUACAACACCUUUGACAAGGUGACGCACAACUUCAUGGGCAACUGCACCUACACCCUGGCCAAAGUGUGCUCCAACACCACCUCCCUGCCCUACUUCAACGUUGAGGCCAAGAACGAGCAUCGUGGGAACACCAGAGUGUCCUACGUGCGCGAAGUCCUGGUUGAGGUGUACGGAGAACGCAUUGCCAUUGUCAAGAACGAGAAGAGCCAAGUGCUGGUGAACAACGUGCGCCAGACCUUGCCGGUGAGUGCAGCGGGAGGUGCCAUCCUGGUGAGCAGGAGUGGCCGCUACAUUGUCCUGGAGACAGACUUUGACCUCAGUGUGUCCUACGACACUGACCACUCGGUGGAGGUGAAGGUGCCCACCACCUACUUCAACCUGACCUGUGGCAUGUGUGGGAACUUCAACAACCGUAGGGAGGACGAUUACAUGAUGCCCAACGGGCAGCAAGCCGCAGACUCCAAUGAGCUGGGGGAGAGCUGGCAGGUCCCAGAGAGUGACUCAUCUUGCGGUGUCCCCGACCCCUCCCCACCCUGCAGUGCAGAAGAGGAGGAGCUGUACCGAUCGGACCAGUUCUGUGGCAUGCUGACUGCCAGUCCUGGCUCUUUUGAGAAGUGCCACGCUGUGAUCAACCCCCAGAGCUACUUUGAGACCUGCUUCUAUGACCUGUGUGCCCUGAAUGGUGGCCAGGAGGUGCUGUGUGCUGCCCUGGAGGCCUACGCUGAUGCCUGCCAAGCAGCCGGUGUGACUCUUCUUCCCUGGCGGAAUGCGACCUUCUGCCGUGAGUACCUGCUUUGCAAUUGCCAGGGGGGAAAUGUUCCGCUCCCUGUUCCCAGAGCCUCUGGCCACAGCAAGUCGUUUGUUUUCCACUUCUCAGAAGGUCCUCCUUCCUUAAAGGCUUGCUGGUCUCAAUUGUCCCCUUCCCAUUGCAGCCCUGCGUGCCCCGACAACAGCUACUAUGACCCUUGCAUGACUGGCUGUCCUGCCACCUGUGUUGACCGACAAGCCCCGCAGAACUGCUCCAAGCCCUGCAUGGAGGGCUGCGCAUGUACCUCUGGCUUCCUUCUCAGCGGAGACAUGUGUGUGCCCGAGGCCCACUGUGGCUGCCUCUUUGAGGGCAACUACUACAGUGUGAGUGAAAACCCUGCCCUGGCUUGCACCCCUCCCAGGGCACUCCCUGGCUCUGUUUUCCUGCCUGAUAGACUGACGCUUGGUGUUUGCCUGCAGGAAGGCGAGUACUCUGUGAGCGAGGACUGUGCUCGCCAGUGCCGGUGUGAAGCCAAGGGCCAGAUGGUUUGCUCUCCGUUGUCCUGUGGUGAGGAUGAGGUCUGCAAGAUCCAGGAUGGCCAGAGGGGCUGCUACCCAGCCAGCACUGCUCUCUGCCACAUCUAUGGUGACCCGCAUUACAGCACCUUCGAUGGGAAGCUUCACCACUUCCAGGGCUCUUGCAACUACACAGUGGUGACAGGCUGUGACAACUCCUCUGCUGGGUUCAGUGUCACCACCCGCAACGAACAUCGUGGCAGCCAGAGCUGGACAGCUCUGAACUCGGUGGCACUGUCCAUGGAAGGCCUCCACAUUGCACUGCGCGAGAACAAGGCGGUCUAUAUCAAUGGUGCUCUGGCCUCCCUGCCUGCUUCUCCUGCCCCUGGUGUAAACAUUUCCCUGAGUGGCUCCUACGUGCGGGUUUCUACCGAGCUGGGCCUGCAGCUGCUGUUCAAUGGGGAUGAUGAGCUCCUAGUGAAGGUGUCUGAGAAGCACAAGGGCAAGCUGUGUGGGCUGUGUGGGACGUACACUGGGAACCAGCAAGAUGACUUCAUGCGACCUGAUGGGGUUGUCGUGCCUGACUUCAAUGAGUUUGGGGCCAGCUGGAUGGUGCCGGAUGAUGAAUGGCCGUGUGAUCCAGCCAUCAACCCGCCCACGUCCUGCUCCCCCUCUGAGGAGGAGGCAGCUAACAAGCAGUGUACAAUCCUCACACAACUUGGUGGCCCGUUCCAGCCAUGCCAUGCAGUUCUACCACCCAAGACAUACUUUGAGAGCUGCGUCUAUGACCAGUGUGCCACGGGCGGCAGCGUGGAGCAGCUGUGCAAUGACUUGGAGGCCUAUGCCGCAGCGUGUGCUGAGGCAGGCGUUGCCCUGGGAGACUGGAGUGCUGGCACUGCCUGUGCAGCUCCUACAACUGCGUCCCCGUUGCCAGGCACCUCAACGCAGCCUCCACAUACAACAGUUUCACCAGCGCCUGGGACAAGCACAGCUCCCUCAGCAGACUGCAAUUUUGAUUGCACAUUCGACAACGACUUCUGUGAGUGGGUCCAGCCAGAUUACAGCAGCAUUGACUGGAUAAGGAACAAGGGUCCAACACCCACGCAAGAUACUGGUCCGUCCUCUGACCACACGACAGGAGAUGGCUACUACAUCUACCUGCAAGGGAGCAAUGCCCUCUGUGGCUUUGUGGCUCAGCUGGUCAGUCCGGUGUGCAAUUCAGAAGGACCACACUGCUUCCGCUUCUGGUAUCACAUGUACGGAACGGCUAAAACAAUGGCUCUGCGGGUAUACGUGGUUAAGGGUGAAGACCUAGAGCUGGUCUGGAGCAGCGUUGGGAACCACGGGGACAGAUGGCACAUGGGAGAGGUCACAGUGCACAGCACAGGAAACAUGCAGAUUAUCCUGGAGGGCGAAUGGGGUGAAGAUAUCCGCAGUAACGUAGCAUUGGAUGACCUGUCCAUCGAAGAAGGAUCCUGCGAAGAUCCAUCGACACCAAAACCCACGCUCCCCUUGCCAGGAGCUACAACGCAGCCUCCACGUACACCAUCACCACCAAGACCCACGCCGAGUUCAGGUCCAUCCACCGGAGAACCUGGGACCGCCUUGCCAAACACAGCUCAGCCUCCUCAUACACCUAGACCCACGCCAAGCUCAGGUCCAUCCACCGGAGAACCUGGGACUGCCUUACCAAGCACAACACAACCUCCUCAUACACCAAGACCCACACCAAGCUCAGGUCCAUCCACUGGAGAACCUGGGACUGCCUUGCCAAGCACAACACAACCUCCUCAUACACCAAGACCCACACCAAGCUCAGGGACCUGUGUGGUAGAAGGAGACCCUCACUACCACACGUUUGACAAUCAGCUGCACCACUUCAUGGGCACCUGCACCUACACCCUCUCUAAGCUGUGCGAGAGCAACAGUUCUCUGCCCUACUUCAAUGUGGAAGCAGCCAACGAGCACAGGGGAGGCAACAUUCGCGUGUCCUACGUCCAAUAUGUGGAUGUCGAUGUGGCUGGCCAGCGGAUAAGGCUGGGGAAGGGUGGUGCGGUGACGGUCAAUGGAGUGGCAGAGGUCCUGCCUUGCACCCCGUCCCCAGGUGUGCAGGUCUCGUCCAGCGGGUUCUACACUGUGGUCACAACAGACUUUGGCUUGAAAGUGAAGUUUGAUGGGAACCAUAGGGUGGAGGUGACGCUUCCGAGCACCUUUGGGCAGAAGGUGUGUGGCAUGUGUGGGAACUUCAACGGGAUGGCAUCAGAUGACUUCCUGAACCCAGAAGGGGUGCUGGAGCCAGACUCCACCAGCCUGGGCAACAGCUGGCAGGUGUCCAACGACAGCAGCUGCUCAGCCGGACCACUCCCCACCCCAGCCUGCAGCGAGACGGACAAGCAAGUCAUUGCCAGCAGCCACUUCUGUGGGCUCCUCACGGACACCAGCGGCCCGUUCCAGAUGUGCCACUCUGUGCUGAGCCCCAGCAGUUACUUUGACACCUGCGCUUAUGACCUGUGCGAGCUGGAGCUGGACCACGAAGCCCUGUGCAAGAGCUUGCAGUCCUACGCGGAUGCCUGCCAGUCGCUUGGUGUCAAGAUACCUGUGUGGAGGAACGCAACCUUUUGCCCUGUCACCUGUCCAGCCAACAGUCACUACGAGCCGUGUGCUGCAGCCUGCCCUGCCACCUGUGUUGAUCCCAUGGCUCCUGCUAGCUGCAGCCUGCCGUGCGUGGAGGGCUGUGUGUGCGACAGCGGGUACCUGCUCUACAAUGACCGGUGCGUGCCCAGCCAGCAGUGUGGGUGCUGGCACAACGGGCAGCACUACCCCGUGGGCUCUGAGUUCUGGACAGACAACACCUGCUCGUCAAAGUGCACGUGUCCCGCGCAGGGAAACAAAGUCCAGUGCUUUAACGCCUCGUGCCCUGCGGGCCAGUUCUGUGGAGUGCAGGAUGGGAGACCUGAGUGCCUGGAGCAAUCCUACGGCAUCUGCCAUGUCCACGGUGACCCUCACUACAACACCUUUGACAAGGUGACGCACAACUUCAUGGGCAACUGCACCUACACCCUGGCCAAAGUGUGCUCCAACACCACCUCCCUGCCCUACUUCAACGUUGAGGCCAAGAACGAGCAUCGUGGGAACACCAGAGUGUCCUAUGUGCGCGAAGUCCUGGUUGAGGUGUACGGAGAACGCAUUGCCAUUGUCAAGAACGAGAAGAGCCAAGUGCUGGUGAACAACGUGCGCCAGACCUUGCCGGUGAGUGCAGCGGGAGGUGCCAUCACGGUGAGCAGGAGUGGCCGCUACAUUGUCCUGGAGACAGACUUUGACCUCAGUGUGUCCUACGACACUGACCACUCGGUGGAGGUGAAGGUGCCCACCACCUACUUCAACCUGACCUGUGGCAUGUGUGGGAACUUCAACAACCGUAGGGAGGACGAUUACAUGAUGCCCAACGGGCAGCAAGCCGCAGACUCCAAUGAGCUGGGGGAGAGCUGGCAGGUCCCAGAGAGUGACUCAUCUUGCGGUGUCCCCGACCCCUCCCCACCCUGCAGUGCAGAAGAGGAGGAGCUGUACCGAUCGGACCAGUUCUGUGGCAUGCUGACUGCCAGUCCUGGCUCUUUUGAGAAGUGCCACGCUGUGAUCAACCCCCAGAGCUACUUUGAGACCUGCUUCUAUGACCUGUGUGCCCUGAAUGGUGGCCAGGAGGUGCUGUGUGCUGCCCUGGAGGCCUACGCUGACGCCUGCCAAGCAGCCGGUGUGACUCUUCUUCCCUGGCGGAAUGCGACCUUCUGCCCCCUGCUGUGCCCCGACAACAGCUACUAUGACCCUUGCAUGACUGGCUGUCCUGCCACCUGUGUUGACCGACAAGCCCCGCAGAACUGCUCCAAGCCCUGCAUGGAGGGCUGCGCAUGUACCUCUGGCUUCCUUCUCAGCGGAGACAUGUGUGUGCCCGAGGCCCACUGUGGCUGCCUCUUUGAGGGCAACUACUACAGCGAAGGCGAGUACUCUGUGAGCGAGGACUGUGCUCGCCAGUGCCGGUGUGAAGCCAAGGGCCAGAUGGUUUGCUCUCCGUUGUCCUGUGGUGAGGAUGAGGUCUGCAAGAUCCAGGAUGGCCAGAGGGGCUGCUACCCAGCCAGCACUGCUCUCUGCCACAUCUAUGGUGACCCGCAUUACAGCACCUUCGAUGGGAAGCUUCACCACUUCCAGGGCUCUUGCAACUACACAGUGGUGACAGGCUGUGACAACUCCUCUGCUGGGUUCAGUGUCACCACCCGCAACGAACAUCGUGGCAGCCAGAGCUGGACAGCUCUGAACUCGGUGGCACUGUCCAUGGAAGGCCUCCACAUUGCACUGCGCGAGAACAAGGCGGUCUAUAUCAAUGGUGCUCUGGCCUCCCUGCCUGCUUCUCCUGCCCCUGGUGUAAACAUUUCCCUGAGUGGCUCCUACGUGCGGGUUUCUACCGAGCUGGGCCUGCAGCUGCUGUUCAAUGGGGAUGAUGAGCUCCUAGUGAAGGUGUCUGAGAAGCACAAGGGCAAGCUGUGUGGGCUGUGUGGGACGUACACUGGGAACCAGCAAGAUGACUUCAUGCGACCUGAUGGGGUUGUCGUGCCUGACUUCAAUGAGUUUGGGGCCAGCUGGAUGGUGCCGGAUGAUGAAUGGCCGUGUGAUCCAGCCAUCAACCCGCCCACGUCCUGCUCCCCCUCUGAGGAGGAGGCAGCUAACAAGCAGUGUACAAUCCUCACACAACUUGGUGGCCCGUUCCAGCCAUGCCAUGCAGUUCUACCACCCAAGACAUACUUUGAGAGCUGCGUCUAUGACCAGUGUGCCACGGGCGGCAGCGUGGAGCAGCUCUGCAAUGACUUGGAGGCCUAUGCCGCAGCGUGUGCUGAGGCAGGCGUUGCCCUGGGAGACUGGAGUGCUGGCACUGCCUGUGGUCCAUCCACCGGAGAACCUGGGACUGCCUUGCCAAGCACAACACAACCUCCUCGUACACCAAGACCCACACCAAGCUCAGGUCCACCCACCGGAGAUCCUGGGACUGCCUUGCCAAGCACAACACAACCUCCUCAUACACCAAGACCCACGCCAAGCUCAGGUCCAUCCACCGGAGAACCUGGGACUGCCUUGCCAAGCACAACACAACCUCCUCAUACACCAAGACCCACACCAAGCUCAGGUCCAUCCACCGGAGAACCUGGGACUGCCUUGCCAAGCACAACACAACCUCCUCAUACACCAAGACCCACACCAAGCUCAGGCCGGGCUUUCUGCAGUGCCUCUGGGGAUCCACAUUAUAACACUUUUGACCACAGAGUUCACAAUUUCAUGGGAAAUUGCACUUACACCCUCUCCAAAGUGUGCAACAUCUCUGAGGGGCUUCCAUACUUUGAUGUAUCCACAACGAAUGAACACAGAGGAGCCAACACCAAAGUCUCGUAUGUGAAGUCAGUGCAAGUGGAAGUCUAUGGCAACCAUAUAUCUUUGCUGAAAAACAGGAAAGUGAAUGUGAAUGGCAGCAGGAUGAACCUGCCUAUAUAUAUUGAAAAGAAGAUCAGUAUUCAAAGCACUGGUGGAUAUGUUCUCUUGGAAACUGACUUUGGAUUGUGGGUGAGAUAUGAUGGAAAUCACUAUGCAGAAAUCUCUGUGCCUUCUGAUUACAGUGGUCUGCUCUGUGGCCUCUGCGGUAAUUAUAAUGGUGAUCCAAAUGAUGACAACAGAAAGCCUGAUGGUGACACUGCAAGUGAUUCCACUGAUCUUGGACAAAGCUGGCUUGUGCCUGAGAAUAAUACCAUAUGCUCCAGUGGAGCACAACAGCAGUGUGAUCCUGUGCUGGAGAGUGAAGCAAAGAAGAACACAGCAUGUGGCAUGAUCACAGACCCAACAGGAAUCUUCAAGGAUUGUCAUUCCAGAGUGCUUCCAGAGAAUUUCUUUGACAACUGUGUUUAUGACAUGUGUUUCACUGAUGGACAGGCAACAUCCUUAUGCUAUGGACUGCAGGCCUAUGCUGAGUCAUGUAUCAAUGCUGGGAUAUGCAUAGAGUGGAGGAAUGCUACACUUUGCCCAAUGUCCUGUUCUGGAGGCAGCAUCUACAAGAGCUGCGGUACUAGGUGUCCCUCUACCUGUUUGAACAUCUCAGCAGCUGAUUCAUGCAGUUCCUUGCCAGUGGAAGGUUGCUUCUGUAAGGAAGGCUAUGUUUUGAGUGGAGAAAAAUGUGUGCCAGAAAACAGCUGUGGCUGUGUUGAUGAAAAAAAUCGGUAUCAUCAGGCAAGUUACUUCAGACAUUUAAAGCAAAAAAACCCUAACAAACCCAGCAAACAGGGGAUCUCAUUCUUUAUCACUAUGAGAGCAAAAAACAUUAAUAACACUAACACUAUUAUUAUUAAUGCCAUUAAUAGCAGCAGACUGGAUGAAAGCUGGUUUACCAGUUAUCCCUGCACUGAACGCUGCACCUGCAAGGCUAAUAACACCAUCGAAUGCACAUCCUGGGAAUGUGGAGUCCAAGAGGAAUGCAGUAUUCAGGAUGGAGUACUGGGAUGUCAUUCCAAUGGCCAAGCAACAUGUCAAGUGGCAGGAGAUCCCCACUACUUCACUUUUGAUGGAAUGAUGUACACUUUUGUGGGUACCUGCACCUACACCUUGGUUGAGGUUGUCAACACCAACAGUGUUAUUCCUAUAACCAUCCUUGGCAAGAAUGAAGACAGAGGACUAAGAGGGGCCACAUACCUGAAAGAUGUCUACAUAGAUGUGUAUGGUGUACGAAUCACCCUUCAGAAAAACCAAAGAAUCCUGCUGAACAAUGAGAGAGUCUACACUCCAUUGGAGAACCGGUUGCGAGGCGUGUCCAUUGGAAACGUUGGCAGAUUUAUAAUAGUAGAAACUGACUUUGGUGUGAUAGUAAAAUAUGAUGGCAAUAACUACCUGGAAAUCACUCUCCCAAAGUCUUAUUUCUCAAAGGUACAUGGCAUGUGUGGUAAUUUCAAUGAUAAUCGUGAAGAUGAUCUGUCCUUGCCCAAUGGUACACUUGUCAGUGUCCCACAGUUUGGAAAUAGCUGGCAAGUGGAGGAAGACAGUGAUGAAGGUUGUUUACCAGACUUAAGAGAAGAUGAUGUUCCUCCUUGCAUUUCUGAGAGUAAACCAGUCAUUGAAAGCCAGUGCAAUGUCCUAAAAUCAGACAAUUUCAAAGCAUGUCACGAUCUAGUCAAGCCUGAAGACUUCAUACAGAUCUGCAUCUAUGACAUGUGCCAGUAUGAUGGCAUGAAGUCUGCCCUCUGUGACAUAGUUCAAGCCUACGUAGACACCUGCAGGAAUCAUGGAAUCACCAUUAAAUGGAGGAAUAGCACGUUCUGUCCAUUGCCCUGUCCAUCCCACAGUCAUUACACAGACUGUGUCUCCCUGUGCCCAUCAACAUGCAACGACAUUUUUGCCUCUUCCCUUUGUGAGAAGACAGAAGAGUGCACAGAGGGCUGUGAGUGUGAUGAUAACUAUGUGCUCAGUAGUGGCGAGUGUGUACCUUUGAGCAAAUGUGGCUGCAGGGAUGAUGACAACAAUUACCACAGCGCUGGGGAGACCUGGAUAACUCCACACUGCACCAGAAGAUGCACAUGUCAGAAGAAUGGUGUCAUUAGGUGUGACAGCUAUAGCUGUGAUUCUAAAGAAAUCUGCGUGGUCAAAAAUGGAAAACACAAGUGCAAACCAACAGGUUUUGGGAAAUGCCAGAUCAUGGGCGAUCCACACUACAUCACUUUUGACGGUCUAGUGCACCACUUUCAAGGGAAAUACACAUAUAUUCUGGUUCAGACCAUCCCUGACCUACCUGAUACCCUGACGCAGUUCAGCAUUGAAGGCAUGAACUAUCCUUUCCGUCGAAGUCGACACAUUACUAACCUGAAGGAGAUCCUUGUCAAUGUUUACAAUCACACAGUGCGAUUCAGGCAGAACAAGCAGCUUGUGUUGGAUGGAGUAAAAGUGAUACCACCUGCUCAACCUCAUGAAGGUAUUCGUAUAUAUCAGAGGACAACAAGAAUUCACCUGGAAACAGAUUUUGGCUUAUACGUGAGCUUCGAUGGCAAUCAAAAUGCAGAUAUAAAGCUGGCCAACACCUACAGCAACAGAGUGGAAGGCUUGUGUGGUGACUUUGAUGGAAGAUAUAAAAAUGACUUCACAAAACCAGAUGGUGUUUGGGUGAAGAACGUAAAUACAUUUGGUGAGAGCUGGAAAGUUCCUGUGACAAGAACAACCUCUCGCCUCAGGCGAGAUGUCAACUCAGAAGAUGAGUCUGAGGAGGAACCAGAUCCAGGGCUCUUCCAAGGCUGCAGUGAAAAUAAGCUGGGACAAGAAAACGGAACUUCGAGCUGUAAUAUCCUGAUUGACUCAAAAGGUCCUUUUGUAAACUGUCACUCCGUGGUCUCACCAGAUUUCUAUUUCACGAGCUGCCUGUUUGAUAUGUGUGUGGAAGGAGAUGAGGAAGGAGAUGAGGAUGCUACCUUAUGUCGCAGUCUGGAAGAGUAUGUGCUGACUUGUCAGCUGCAAGGAGUCAGUAUGGAAGGCUGGAGGCAACAGACAGAUUGUGGUAUAUCAUGUCCUGCCAACAGCAACUACAGCUCAUGCAUGUCUGCAUGCCCAGCAUCCUGCAGUGACUUGACCAGCCCCUCUGAGUGUGAAUCACCUUGUCUUGAGGGCUGUGAAUGUCUCCCUGGCUAUGUUCUCAGUGGUUCUGAUUGUGUGCCUUACAGGCAAUGUGGCUGCACAUACCUUGACAAAUAUUAUGAGAUUGGAGAAAUAUUCACCACUGAUGACUGCUCUCAGAGAUGCCAGUGCACAGAAAGCUCCACUGUCUUCUGCUCAAACAUAGUGUGUGGAUCUGAUGAAAUCUGUGGCAUUUCAAAUUACAGUCGUGGAUGCUACAGGAGUGGACCAUGUAUGCCAAAUCCUUGUAAGAAUGAUGGAGUUUGCUCUGAAACUACUGACAGCACCUCUCUCUCCUUCCACUGUGAAUGUUCAGAACUGUACACAGGACAAACAUGCGAGGCUGAAAAGAGGGUCUCUGCCACAGAGGAUCCUGAGAACCAUACGGUUGCCAUCGUCACUGGAAUUGUGGCAGGUGUAGUUGUUGUCACCAUUCUCAUCUCCUCUGCAGUGUACCUGUGCAGGAGGAAAAGAAAGAUGGAUACACAUGAGAUAUCAAGGAAUUCUUUGAAACAGCCCGGGAAUGUACUGGAUGACAGAGCAGAUGAGCACAAUUAUGGCUGCAUUGUGAACGAUGCAUUUGAUCAAAAUGAAUCCCAAACUACAUACCUAUAGUUAGCAAUACUUUUCCAAUUUAUUUGUAUUACUUUCUGCUCUUGUAUUUUAAUAGUAUUUCUAAUAUUUUGAGAAUAAAUAAAUCAUUGCAUUUGCUGAAAA